AUGGAACGUAACGUCAGAAGUCUGUGGCGUAAGGAACGCUCCUCUGGACUGUCCUUUGUGAAAGACUACAAGUUGUUAGAAGAGAUCGUGUUAAAGCCGAACGUGUCUGGGAGGACAAAUCUGAAGGUACUGACGCACAGUUACGCUACCAAGAUUGAAAUUGAUGAACGAAAGCGAGCCGUUGGGGUGCGGUUUACUAAAGAUGGCCACACGUACCUGGCAAAAUCGCGUCAGGAUGUCGUGAUAUCAGCCGGAGCGUUUGGUUCACCUCAAUUGCUAAUGCUGUCUGAUAUUGGACCCAGAGAACAACUGCAGCGCUUAGGAAUAGACGUUAUACAAGACCUACCCGUAGGAGAACAACUCUUAGACCACACCUCCUUUUUCAACUUGAACUUCGCAACUAACCACACAGAGCAGGUCAACAGUUUGGAAAAGAACGUUGAGGAUUACCUGAACGGAACGGGAGUGUUAAUUAACGCUUUCAACGUACCAGUGGUCGUAUUUAUGCAGACGAAAAACGCCAAAACGCCCGGAGUACCAGACUUUGAGGCUUUAAUGAUCCCGUCGAUCAGCUCCAGUGAGGUGACUGCCAAGUUUUGGAAUACCCGAGAGGAGCUUAUAGCGGCAAAUCGAAAUCCACAGAGCGAAUUCUCCAUGAUCGGCGUACUCCUACAUCCCAAAUCGUGCGGAUAUCUCCGACUGAAAUCGAAAAACCCCUUCGACUACCCCAUCAUCAACCCCAACUGGCUAUCCGAUCCCAAAGACGAAGACAUCGACGUGCUUUACGAGGGGAUCAAGAUGAUUCUAGAAAUGGUCGACACACCUCCCUUCCGAAAGCUUGACACGAGGUUGAAGUACGAGCAUUUGCCCGCGUGUAAAAGCUUUCAGUACCUGACCAGAGACUACUGGCAUUGCUUUAUUAGGCACUUUAGCACGGCAAUCUUUCAUCCCACUGGAACGUGUAAGAUGGGCACGCAUCCGUCGAGAGGGGCGGUGGUUAGCCCUCAGCUGAAAGUCUUUGGCGUUUCAAAUUUACGCGUCGCCGAUGCUAGCGUGUUCCCUUUGAGUACGUCGGGUCACACCAACGCCCCCCUCGAUGAUGGUGGGCGAAAAGGCUGCAGAUUUGAUAAAGAGUCAGUGAAUGAUUUUACAGACGUAGUAGGAAAAUGA